GUGAGCGAGUUGAAGAGAAGGGUGCGUGUUUUUUGGAGGGUGUGUAACUUUGACAAGAGCGGUGUUUUCGUGAGGCAGCAAGCAGCUCGACGGGGGGAGGACCCAUGCAACCUGCUGGUCGGGGGGGGAAAAGAGAGGGAGAGAAAGUUGUGCGAAGUUUGGUGAGUCGGUGGUUCAGACCGACCGUUAGCGGCAGCAGCAGCAGCUCGGACGGGGAAGAUGGCGCAGCGCUGCGGCCGUGCCACGUCUUGGCUUACUGGACAAAUACAGAUACAUCCCGGGAAGAUAACAACGACUGCGGUUUGGCUGCUUUUGUGCCUUCUUUUUCCUCCUGCCGCGGAGGCUGGACUGUACUCCAGCUCUGACCAAGUCAUCUUGCUAACUCCGGAUAAUGUGCAGUCGGUUUUGAUCAACUCCACAGCUGCUAUAGUUGUGGAGUUCUACGCUUCGUGGUGCGGACACUGUGUCGCCUUCUCCCCCGUGUACAAAAGUCUGGCGAGAGACAUUAAAGAGUGGAAGCCAGCUGUGGACUUGGCAGCUGUAGACUGUGCUGCAGAGGUGAACAGCAAAAUCUGCACUGGCUUCGGCAUCACGGGGUAUCCCACAAUAAAGUUCUUCCAUGCUUAUUCCAAGGCUGGUUCUAAAGGACAGGCUAUGAAAGGUUUCCCUCGAGAAGUUCGGGGCCUCCGUCACAGGAUCAUAGACAAACUUGAAACCCAUUCGGAGCCCUGGCCCCCUGCCUGCCCUCCACUGGAGCCCACCAGCCAAGCAGAGAUUGAAAGCUUCUUUGAGACAAACAACGUGGAACACCUGGCUCUGAUCUUUGAAGAGGCUAAAUCCUACAUUGGCCGAGAGGUAACUCUAGACCUGUUACAGUUUGAGAACGUUGCAGUGCGGAGAGUCCUGGACACUGAAGCAGACCUGGUAACCAAACUGCGAGUGAGAGAGUUUCCAUCUUGUUACCUUUACUACCCUGGAGGCAACUUCACCAGACUCCAAGUCAAAAUUGAGGCCCGUGCUUUCUACACGUACGCCCUCCAGAGGCUGCCAGGGGUGGUGCGAUCAGGAAAGCCCCCACCAGUCAUCACAGAAGUCCAAACCAACAACACGGAGGAGUCCUGGAGACCUUUCAACACGUCCAGGGUGUACAUGGCAGACCUGGAGUCAACGCUGCACUACUCUCUGCGUGUGGAGCUGGCUGCUCACACUGUCAUCAGAGGAGAGGCCCUGGUUUCUCUCAAGAAGUACACAUCUGUACUUUCAAAGUAUUUCCCAGGCCGUCCAGUGGUGAUGAACCUUCUGAGGUCUGUGAACAGUUGGCUGCAGAACCAGACGGGUGAUGAGAUUUCAUAUGAGGCACUCAAAAAAAUACUGGAUAACUCAGCACUGUCUCCAAACACAGCUUUGCCUGAAGGAGUGAGGUGGGUGGGCUGUCAGGGUUCACAACCUCACCUGAGACGUUACCCUUGUGGGGUGUGGACUCUCUUCCAUGUUCUCACUGUCCAGGCCAAGAACGUGGGAGGCACCGAUCCCCAGGAGGUGCUGAGAGCGAUGAGAGGCUACGUCCGCAGCUUCUUCGGCUGCAGGCCAUGUGCCGGGCACUUCGAGAACAUGGCGAGGGAGAGUAUGGAUGAGGUGAACACGUUGUCUUCGGCUGUCCUGUGGCUUUGGUCCAGACACAAUCGAGUUAACAACAGACUGGCAGGUGAUUUAAGUGAGGACCCCAACUUCCCAAAGAUACAGUGGCCUUCACCAGAGAUGUGUCCAGCCUGCCACACAGUGAAGAAUAAUGGGGAUCACAGGUGGAACAAUGACCAGGUCCUCCCCUUCCUCCUGUCCUACUUCUCAUCGGCCAGCAUCCUCACAGACUAUCUCGAAGAUGAAAGCCAGGUCCUGGCAAAGCAAAGAGAGAAACAUGAGCGUCAGCAGCAAGCUAGAGAGGCUCAGGAACAUGGAGAGAGGAAAGCCAGGGAGGCUUUGGACUCCAUGAGACUCCCUCUACCAUCCCAUGCCACCGAGCCAGAAGAGGAGGAGGAGGACGAGGGGGAGGAGGAGGAAACAAUGGUAGAUGAGGAGGAGGAAGGUGGGGAAGGAGUAGCAGCGGCAGAUGACAUCGGGGGUAAGACGUCCGAGCCGACCCCCUGGGCGAAACCUGAAAUGGAAGUGGGUCGAGGCCGGCGGCGGGCACACGGGAGGCCGAGCAUCGUGGGGAUGAGGAUGCGAGAGCCGCAGGAGGACAUCGUGGACCUCGACUCGUUCGUCAACCAGCACUACAAGGCCAAGGCCAUGCAGCUGGCCGCCUCAAGCCGGGUCAAACAACGAACCCUGCAGAGGAAGGAGGAGCAGGAGCCCGUGCCCGUGUUUGGCCUCGGCAUGGAGCUGGACGCAGGGCUCGGGAUGGUGGGCCUGCAGCCUAUAGAAGAAGACUUUGAGCUGGAUGUGGGGCGACAGAGGAAGCGGCUGCAGAAGCGAGAAUUGGCAGGCCGCUACUUUAAUGAGGAGGCUGAGUUGAGCCACAGAGGACGCUGGAUGUCUAUGCUGAGCAUCGGAUUCUCCAACGUGGACAUCAGCCUGUGUGUCAUUCUUUACCUCAUGUCGUCCAUGUGUCUGCUCACCAUGUUCCUUUUCUUCAAAAACCGCCACAAGCUACGACGACCUAAAGUAGCCCUGCCCUGAACCAGACUCUAAAUUUCACCUGAGUCAGCUAUGAUUUACUUUCAUUAGGUUCAUGUAGGCUAAGGUUGGGGAUAGUGUAAGGGGAUGUGUGAAGAUUAGAGCCAUCUUAGAUGGUCCACUUAACUGCUACCUGCAGCCAGAGCAGGCAGCAGCACUGGUGGAUGUGUUGUGUGUAUCUGGAGAAGAGGAGAAGGGAAAUUACCCUAAAAAUCUUUGAAAAUGUGUUCAGUUCUUCAACCUUUCACUGAAUCUGUCCUCCAGAGCUUUUCAGGCAGCAACUGGAUCUCUUCAUGUUUAUGUUUAUUACCACCAGAGGGUUUCUGUUUAGGGGUUGUGCCAUGGUUGUGUGAGUUAAAGAUAUUCAGCUGUGCUUUUGAUUCUGUUUGACCACUUAUGAAGGAUGAUUUUUGGUGCUUUCUUACAUUUGUAACAGUCAGUUGUUACUUCUUUUAUUUCUUUAAUAUCCUAGACGAAGACCUUCCACUGCACAUCCUUGUGUACUGUGACCAAAAAGAUUUAAAUUUAUCCCAUUUUUUGUAGAUGUACACAUUAAGAUAUUUGAAUCAUUUGAACUAAAUACUCAAAAAGAUGAUUCUUAAGUGAUUUUUUUUAGAAUUAUUUGUUUAAUGUCUUGCAUUUCCCUGCAGUCAGUUAGGAGAGUUUUGUGUUUAUUUUUACACUCUGAAUUUCAUGUCAUGAUCAGCAGGUUAAAGAAGGUCCCUGAAGUCUUUGUGGUUUUCUACAGUUUGUUGACUGUUGCAUCAUUUUUGUUUAAUACUGUGACUAACUUUCACCAGAUCAGCCUUUUGUGGAUCAGCUCCUCUGAGGUGACGUACAAGAUGUUACACCAAGCGUUAUGUCACGUCUUUGAAUAUUUCUCCACACUGCUGAGUCCACAGAAAACCAUGCGGGUUGUGUAUGAAGUGUUGUGGAGCGACGCAUAUGUUCACACUGGACGAGGUUUUAGAAUAAGCAGGAUUUGUUUUUGGCUCGUGUCCACGAUGUAAAGCUGCGGCUGGUCAUCUCAAAAACACUGUGUUUUUCUGUUUUCUUCUUUGCUUCGGAAUCAAUAAAAUUAUUUUUGAUAAGGA